AUGCCGAAACAGGCCGUUAGAAGUGGCGGGAACGCCGGGAACGAUUACUUUACUGCGGGAACAAGUGUAUCGUGGAUUAGGAAGCGCGAUCUGCACAUCCUAACCACGGACAUUUUCACAUACACAUCGGACGCCCGGUACCAGGUAGCCCAUCCGGAGGGCUCCCAGAACUGGACGCUGCUGGUCAAAUACGCACAGGCACGUGAUACUGGUGUGUAUGAAUGUCAGGUAAACACGGAGCCCAAAAGGUCGUUGGCCUUUUAUCUUCGAGUAGUAGAGGCUUUUGCCACAAUCCAGGGUCCACGACAAGUAUACGCGAAAGUGGACUCAACACUGAGGCUCACUUGUGUUGUAAAUAUGCCAACCACUGGCUCAGAAGCUGUGGCCCUCAGCUGGCUACAGAACGGCGAACCGCUGGCCGCCGACCGCUGGGUCACAGAGACCUCACAGGAGUACGUCACCUCGCGGCUCACCAUCAGCGGCGCUCGGCUGCGCGACUCGGGCGCCUACACGUGCGCGCCGGCCAACGCGGCGCACGCGCACGUACAGGUGCACGUCAUUAGCGGGGAACACCCGGCGGCCAUGCAGCAUGGAGCCGCGCCAGUACAACAUUGCGUCACCCCUCAUCACCACAUUGUCACCCUACUCUGCUUUGUCGUCAUUGUUCACUGUAGAUAA